UCCAUCACGCCAAGCAUAUCCAUCCAUAAUAUUCGACAUCCCUCUGCUAAUAAAAACCCUCCCUUUUCUUUUCUUCUUCCUCCCCCACUCUCUGCAACCCCCAAAUUCUGGUACCGAUCACUUCUUUCUACUCUUUGUUUGUUUAUUUUCCGAGAAUCUCGAGACGCCCAUGAAGUUUGGGAAGCAGCUUAAACAACAAAUGCAGGGAACAUUGCCCGGGUGGAGGGACAAGUUCUUGUCGUACAAGUUGUUGAAGCAGCUUGUCAAGCAGAUAUCUUCCCCGACGUUGUCGAAUUGGUCCCAGGUCGAGUAUGGGGUUGCAGAGAAGGAAUUCGUGUGCUUGUUGAACAGUGAGAUCGAGAAGUUCAACACUUUCUUCAUGGAACAGGAGGAGGAUUUCGUUAUCCGGCACAAGGAGCUGCAACAGAGGAUCCAAAGGGUGAUUGAUACAUGGGGGCCGAAUGGGAGUCGGCCUUCAGAGUCACAGCAUAAAGAGGAGAUGGCAAAAAUCAGAAAAGACAUCGUUGAUUUUCAUGGUGAAAUGGUGCUUUUAGUUAACUACAGCAAUGUCAAUUACACAGGGCUGGCCAAGAUCUUGAAGAAGUAUGACAAGAGAACAGGUGGCGUUUUGCGUUUGCCAUUCAUCCAGAAGGUAUUGCAGCAGCCCUUUUUCACAACAGAUCUGAUCUCAAAACUAGUGAAGGAAUGCGAAAGCACCAUAGAUGUAGUAUUCCCAGUUGAGGAUGAAGAGGAGACUAGAGCAGCAAUAACAGUUGCAGGAGAAGGGAUUUUCAGGAAUACUGUUGCAGCCCUGCAGAGCAUGCAAGAGAUCAGAAGAGGAAGCUCUACUUAUGGUCACUUUUCUCUGCCUCCUCUGAAUUUGCCAGAUUCAGAGCUCAUUCAGUCAUUCCAACUCAAUUCUCCCAUUCUCACUGUCUAAUCAAGACGAGAUUAGCAAACCACAACAGUUAUAUGACAUUACAGUUGGUUAAUAACUCACACUUUUGUGUUUGAGGAACACAUGCCUUAGCAAGUGUUAGUACAUAUUUCUUAGAUUUUGUUAUCUCAA